AUGAUGGAUUAUUUGGUGAAGCUCUUGGAUUCAGUAUGUCCACCGAAAGGCAUCCAUGCAAGUGCUUUAUCGAAACCAUCAACCACUGGACUACUGGGUCUUGUGAGGGAGUCACAUUUGGUCCGCCUGGCAGGUUUAUCAGGUGUUUUGGCAAUAUCGCUUGGCGCGUAUGGAGCGCAUGUUUUACGUGAAAGUGGAAAUGCAGAUGAGCGGCGUAUACGUGCUUUUGAAAAUGGCAAUCGUUAUCAUCUGAUACAUUCAGUAACAUUAUUUCUUGCGAAUAAGGCACGUUUUCCUUGGCUUACUAUUUCGCUUUUACUUGGUGGUAUGGCAAUCUUCUCGGGAUCUUGCUACCAUUACAGCAUCACCGGAAAAGAGAAUUUCAGAAAAUACGCCCCGAUCGGUGGUAUCAUGUACAUUUUAGCCUGGAUUUCAUUCCUAUUUUAA